AUGGCACAGUCUCAAAGUCAGCUCGCCCCACUUCCUCAGGAUUUGCCAUUUCGCAUUAUUUCAAAAACAAUUGGUAGAGGCGCCUAUGCAUCUAUAAAGAAGGCGAUUCCGCCAAAUGACACAAGCCCUGUCUUUGCCGUUAAGUUCAUCCAUAAGGCAUAUGCAAUCCGCCAUGGUCGACUUUCGGCAAAACAAAUUGCUAUGGAGGUCUCUUUACAUUCCCAUAUCGGGAAGCAUCCUAAUAUUAUAGAGUGGUUUGCAACUGGGGAAGAUGCUACCUGGAAAUGGAUCGCUAUGGAAUAUGCAGAGGGUGGAGAUCUAUUCGACAAAAUCGAAGCAGAUGUUGGUGUCAGCGAAGACAUUGCACAUUUUUAUUUUACUCAGCUGAUUAAUGGAGUGAGCUACAUGCAUUCAAAGGGCGUAGGGCAUCGGGACAUCAAACCAGAAAAUAUACUUCUUUCGGAUAGCGGCAACCUUAAAAUUGCCGACUUUGGGCUUGCCACUCUCUUCGAAUAUAAUGGAAAAACAAAACUCAGUACAACGAUGUGUGGUAGUCCUCCGUACAUUGCACCCGAGGUCAUCUCUUGUUCGAGAGAUUUACAUUCUCGAGCUAGUACAAAAAGUGUGGGCUAUGCUGCAAACCUAGUAGAUGUUUGGUCUUGUGGCGUAGUCCUUUUCGUGCUUCUAAUUGGUAAUACACCAUGGGAUGAACCGACAUCACAUAGCUGGGAAUUCGAGGAGUACCUCGGAAAAAAAGGUCGCACCUCAGAUGAUCUUUGGCAGAAGCUUCCAUCCUCGGUGCUUUCCCUAUUACGAGGUAUGAUGAAUGUUGAUGUAACGAAACGAUUUAAUUUCAAUUAUAUCAAAAAUCAUCCCUGGUACACUCGUAGUAAUCCUCUUCUAACUGCUGAUGGAAGAAUGAGCAAUCCUCUAAGUCUUGCUACGCAAAUGUUGGAAGAGCUUCACAUCGACUUCACUCAAAUACCUACAGGAUCCAGACACUCAGGCAUGAGGGGCAGAGACUCCAUUUCCGAACAUCGGCACGAGGAUGCAACUCGAUUCUCUUUCACUCAACCCGAAUUACCAGUUACAGAUAUUGACUUCGACUGGGAACGACCAUCACUUCGGAAUGCUAAUCUCUACAGUGCUAGUCAACCAGCGGAUGCCCUGAAUACCAACACAAGUACCUUUGAGUAUCUGUGUGAAGAGCCUGGUAUGAGUCAAUUCUCACCAAUGCCGACCAUCCCAACCUCAUUGACACAGCACGCACGACUCUUCAAAGAUAUUAUUCCUGCGCAAGCCCUGACGCGUUUCCUUUCCCAUCUACAACGACCGCUUCUCCUUCAAACUCUCGCUUCUGCUCUUCAUUCCCUCAACGUUCCUAUAUCUCCUAUUUCGGACACAUCCCCAGACCGUGCGCUGUGGAUCAAGAUCAAGACCUUAGACGGACGUCGCUGCAGUUUACAUGGGGAUAUUGUAGUGGAGAUAUACCAUGGUACUGAAUCACAGCUUACAGAGGUACGGUUUGUGAAAAUCAAGGGGGAUCCAUUAGAAUGGAGAAGGUUUUUUAAGCAUGUUGUGGUGCUCUGUAAGGAUGCAGUGUUUAUUCCAGGGUACUAA